AUGGACCAAGGGACGAACACGCAGGAUAACGAAGGCCGCGGCCCGGAUUCGCCCAGGCAGGAGGACGCAGGGCGAGAGCGACGGGAGCCAGCACUGGGAGGAUCGGGUCCGACAGGGGCGGGGAAGGGAAGCUCGCGAUCGGAAGAACGACCGAUGCAGAGUGGUCCCGAGGGCCCAACGUCGGGGACGUAUCAGCGCAGCGCCUCGUGGCAGGAAGAGGCGUCGAUGCAUCGAUGGAAAUACACGUUGCUGCCGAAGAUCGAGGUGCCGGAGAGGUUCUCGGGAGACACGCGGCGAGGACCGAGCAUCAGGAACUAUGUGAUGCAGUUGGAGAAUCUGAGGGCUCGUUGGGAGAGGGAUCGACUGGAUCCAGAAGAAUUCUUCCGAGGCCUAGCUAAUUCUUCCGAGACGUUCUACCGCAUCAGCCGACGGGAGUUGCUGGAGUGGGCCGCGAGAGCAGCGCCGGGGGAAAGGGAUCCGACGACGCGCUUUCUGGGAAUGCUAGAGGAGCAGUUCCCUGCCCAGACGCCGGAAUGCGUGUCCGAAUUUCGGGAGUUUCGGCGCAGGACCGGGGAGUCUCUCCUGGCUUACUACGGACGGCUGGUGGAGCUGGUUGAAGACAUGGGGUGGCACGAUCAGAGUCGGCUGAUUAGCAAGUUCAUGAACAGUCUUCAUCAUGAGCUUCGCCGUGACGUGUCGGUGCAGAUUUUUGACAUGGGAGCACGGGCUACGCUAAAGGAGGCGUACGAGAUUGUGAAACGGGUGGAAACAGGGCGACGAAUGCAUGAGAUUGAGACGAACACAGAACGCAGGGGAGAACGACCGCGAGCCAGCAUGGGCGGGAACACCGGCGGACCGCGAGCGGCCACCGCGGAGAGGAGGGGAGGAGAGGCGCUGUCACAAUUGCGGGCAGACCGGGCACCUAAGGAGGGAGUGUCGGAACCCGCCAGUGUGCUCGACCUGUGGCGGCGAGGAUCAUAUGCGGAGGGACUGCCCGGAAGCACCUACAUGUGGGCGGUGUGGACGAAGGGGGCAUGA